AUGGGCAAAAAGAAGAACCACAGACCCCCACAGCCCAAGGGCGCAAAGGCCACCCACAAAAAGUCCUCGCACACGCCCGGAAACCUCCGCAAGCCGCCGCCACAACAGCAGAAGAAGCCAAAAUCGAACUCCACUAGCACGAACAGCAGCAACAAACAGAAAUCGCAGGAGCCACUGAUCCCGUAUACGCCGAGUUCGCGAAUCCUCCUGGUCGGCGAAGGCGAUUUCUCGUUUUCGGUGGCGCUGCUAAACACGUACCUACUACCCAGCGGCAGUGGCAGUAGUAAGCGUGAGAGCGCAGACGCAGACGCAGACGCAGACGAAGAUGUGGAUGUGGGCUACGACGAGGACUACGACGAGGACUACGACGAGGACGCCGAGUAUGCGUACAAUGUGAGGCCUAGACCAGUGAGUCUCACGGCAACCAGCUACGACACCGAGGCAGCGCUGCUGGAGAAGUACCCGCAGUCAGCGAGCAACCUGAAGUCACUACAGGAGAAAGGCGCCACGGUGUUGCACGGGGUCGACGUGACAAAGUUUGCGAAGCUGCCAAAGAGCCUAAGGAGGCGGCAGGGGGCGUUUGAUGUUGUGGGCUUCAUGUUUCCGCAUGUGGGCGGGCUGUCGACGGAUGUGGGGAGGCAGGUGAAGAGUAAUCAAGAGCUUCUACUAGGCUUUUUCAAGACGGCUGCGGAGCUGCUUGCGAGCGAUGGUACGGCGGUGGUCACGCUGUUUGAUGGCGCGCCGUAUGAUCAAUGGGAUAUCAAGUCACUGGCAAAGGCCGCGGGUUUCAGGACGAGGCGGUCCUUCAAGUUUGAGACCUGGAAGGGAGAGGAGCGGAAGGCACGGACAUAUGUUUUCGAGUUGAUUGAGGACAAAGGUUACACCGGUGAGAAGACAGGCGCAAAUGCUAUAGAGGUAAAGAGGAUAAAGAAGACUACAAAGAGGGAGAGAAGAUUCCAGGACGAAAGUUCCGAUGAGGAGGACAGUAAGAAAUAA